AUGCAUGAUGAUGACACGUUUGUUUUCCCAUUGUUGGCUUUGCAAGUCACGGUUUUCCCCAACCGUGGCCUUUGCAUUGCGAUCACAUAUUGCCACGUGAUGGAUGAUAGGUGUUGCAGCCAUUUCAUGAAGACUUGGUCUUCCAUUUGUCGAAGUGGUGGAGUUGAUUUGACACUUUUGGAGAACUCACCACCGUGCUUUGAUAGGGAAGUGUUGAGAGACACCAAAGGACUCGAGACCAUUUUCUUGAGAGACUACUUUGAAGCGAGGUCAACAUGGAAGGUCGGUCCAAUUCCUAAACAUGGAGCUGAUGAUGAGGACUAUGUUAAGGCAACGAUUACUUUUGGAAGAGAUGAUAUUGAAAGCAUGAAAAAAUGGGCGUUGAAUCGGUGGAAAAAAGAUGACGAAUUUCAAGCGCCGCAAUAUCUAUCAAAAUUUGUGGUGACGUGUGCCUUCAUGUGGGUUAGCUUGGUUAAAGCAAAAUAUAGAAAGGAUGAUGAUGAAGUAGCAGAGAUGAAAGAAGAGUACUUCCAUUUUGCAGCAGAUUGUAGAGAUCGACUUGAGUAUCCGAUACCAGCGACUUACUUCGGAAAUUGCUUAACGAUAUGUCAUGUAGCGCUAAAGAGAAAAGACCUAAAGGGAGAAGGUGGUUUUAUGAACGCAGUGAAGGCCAUUGCAAAGACAAUAACUGAUAUGAAAACUGAACCUCUGAAAGGUGCAGAAAACUGGAAGGAAUUGUUUAUGAUGUUUCUAUCGGGAAGAAUAGCCAUAGUUACAGGAUCACCUAAGUUCACUGUUUAUGAGACUGACUUUGGAUUUGGAAAACCUACGAAAGUGGAGAUGGUACAUCCUCGUAUGUGUGUGUCUUUUGCCGAAAGUGGAGACAAGGAAGGUGGAUUAGAGCUUGGCUUGGUAGUCAGAAGUGAGGAAUUUAAAUAUUACAUUUCAGCUGCCAUUGACCAAGGGCUUGUAACAUUAAAAUCUUAA